UACAACAUGGAGGCGUGGAAUCGGGAUUAGGACGCAAUUACGCUCUUCUCUGCAAUCCCCGUUGUAGUUCUAUCGAGACAGGAUUGGGUUCAGGGAGCAAGAGAGGGAGGCGGAGAAGUCAUAGUCGAGGUUUCAUCAUGGGACUCGGACUAAAAGCCAUUGUGGGGGAAAAGAUUAUGAAUGACGUCAUCAAGAAGGCCAGGGAAAAAGGAAAAUGGAAGGUGCUGGUCGUGGACAAGCUGAGCAUGAGGAUGAUCUCCUCAUGCUGCAAGAUGACAGACAUCAUGUCGGAAGGCAUCACCAUUGUGGAAGACAUCACCAAGAAACGCGAACCCCUUCCCAGCAUGGAGGCCAUCUACCUGAUAACACCCUCUGAUGAGUCUGUGGAGGCGCUCAUAGACGACUUCAGAGACCCGUCUACGCCCAGAUACAGAGCGUCCCACGUUUUCUUUACCGACACGAUCCCAGACACGCUGUUCAACCUGCUCACAAAGUCCCGCGCCUCCAAAUCCAUGAAGGCCUUGACUGAGAUCCAUGUCGCCUUUCUGCCCUACGAGUCUCAGGUGUUCUCCCUGGACAAAGUCGAUGCCUUCCAGGACUUAUACAGCCCCUACAAGUCUGACGUGAAGAGCCAGAUGUUGGAGCGCUGUGCCGAGCAGAUCGCCACUCUCUGUGCGACCCUCAAGGAGUAUCCUGGAGUACGAUACAGAGGGGAGUAUGCAGAUUGUGCCACUCUGGCCCAGAUGGUUCAGGAGAAGCUGGAUGGCUACAAGGCUGAUGAUGCCACUAUGGGAGAGGGCCCCGACAAGUCUCGUUCCCAGAUGAUCAUCCUGGACCGGGGCUUUGACCCAGUGUCCCCUCUCCUGCACGAGCUCACCCUCCAGGCCAUGGGCUACGACCUGCUGGGCAUCGAGAACGACGUCUACAGUUAUGAGACCAGUGGGAUGGGGGAGACCAGGAUGAAGGAGGUGUUGCUGGAUGAGGACGACGACCUGUGGAUGUCUCUGAGGCACAAACACAUCGCCGAGGUCACCACGGCCGUGACCCGCUCCCUGAAAGAUUUCUCCGCCAGCAAAAAGAUGGAAAACACGGGAGAGAAGACCACUAUGAAGGAUCUGUCCCAGAUGUUGAAGAAGAUGCCUCAGUAUCAGAAAGACCUCAGCAAGUUCUCCACUCACCUUCACCUGGCUGAGGACUGUAUGAAUCGCUACCAGGGCACAGUGGACAAGCUGUGUCGCGUAGAACAGGACCUCGCCAUGGGAACAGAUGCCGAGGGAGAGAAGAUCAAAGAUCCCAUGAGGGCCAUCGUCCCAGUCCUGCUGGACGCCACCGUCACCAUCUCUGACAAGAUCCGCAUCAUCCUGCUCUACAUCUUCCUCAAGAACGGCGUGACAGAGGAGAACCUGUGUAAACUCCUGCAGCAUGCCCAGAUUCCUCCCGAGGACAGUGACAUCAUCUCCAACAUGGCCCACAUGGGCGUGCCCAUCGUGUCCGAGAACGCGCCGAAAAAAGUGAAGAAGCCAGACCGCAAGGAGCGAGUGAGCGAGCAGACCUAUCAGCUCUCUCGCUGGACCCCGUAUAUCAAGGACAUCAUGGAGGAUGCCAUUGAGGACAAACUGGACCAAAAGCAGUACCCCUAUAUCUCUCAAAGACAAGCAUCUUCCAAAACCAGUGCCCCGUCAAGUAGCAGUGCCCGCUACGGUAACUGGCACAAGAACAAGGGCCCUACAGAGAUGAAGACGGGCCCUCGAGUCAUCGUCUUCAUCAUCGGAGGAAUGACCUACAGCGAGAUGCGCUGCGUCUAUGAGGUCACACAGGCCAAUGGCAAAUGGGAGGCCCUCAUUGGUUCCACCCACUUGCUCACUCCCAUGAAAUACCUAAAGGAACUACAACACCCAGACUUCCUGGAUCCCAACAGGGAGCCUGAGGAGCCCGAGCCAGCUGCCGCAGAAUGAAAAGUCCUUCUAGAAGAUCGACUGGAAUCCUCACCCCCACACGCCUUCUCACGAUCCUCAAAGAAAUGGACAAGCAGGAAGAGGAGAAGAUCAGCUAAGAGCCUUCUUCAGCUGACCCUCUGACCCCUGACCUCUGACCCCUGAACUCCCCUAGAUAAACACCUCAUUACCGUAUUUAUCUAGCUCUGCAUAACAUGUCAUAAGAUGUCAGAUAUUCCAAAAAUAUUAAUCUGAUGUAUACUGGUAAACAAUAGAAUACUUCUCUCAUCACACCACAGUGUGUAGAAGGUUUCAUUUGUGAAAUCUGAUGAGGAUUUGAUAUUAUACCAUUGUGUUAACAGCACAUGGUUACUUGAUUGGAAGAAAUAUAGAAGGAUUUUGUUGAGUUUUUGUUGGAUGAUUGUUGAUUCUUUGUGAGCAGUGAAUGUGAAGUCUUAGGAUGCUGUUCCUCUUUCUCAAAAAGAAGCUUUGAUAGAUUCUCAGAUGGGAGAUGAUAGCCAAUCAGUAAUGAGAUAUGGUGUUGCGUGAUAUGUAUCUCUACCAAGGGAUUGGCCAAUUGCUGGACUGGAGGAGUAUAAAGGGACCAAUUACAAUCGUGGGUGGUUCAGAAUGCACCUAGAAAAAUCCAGCAUAGAAUCCCUUUUGUUGCAAAACAGUUUUGUUGUCAAUACAUAUUCAUGCCCUGUCAUUAUUAAAUGAAAUGACCAACUGUAUUUAAGCAUCAUAUUAGCACCACGUCAUCGCUGGUGAUUAGAAGCAUCUCGUCAGUUUAGUCAGUAGUUUGUAGAUCUGUAUGCCAUCCUGUAUAAAUGUUUGAUUUCUGGUGAUUCUUCUGACUUUGGAAAUGCCAAGUGAAGCCACAGUGUAUGUGGUCAUCUAGCUGUAGUCCGGAUCAAUAGUAACUGAAUGGUGAUCAGUCAUUUGGAAUGUUGCAUAAUCAGUGUAGCUAUUUGUCUCUUGGCUCCUCAGGUUCAUUGAUCUCUAACCCCCAUAAUGAUUAGGAUCGUUUUGCCCUUAGAUUCCUAGUAAAAAUGUUGCUCCAUUUCCUUUUUCAGGUUGUUUGGAAAAAGCCUGUCGUGAUGCUAAUGUUGUUGUUGUCAUAUAGUGGUAAAUAUAUGCAUAAUGUUAGAGUUAUUUAUACACAAAAUGGGCUGACAGUAUUAUCAGAAUUUUAUGCUUUGAGGUUAUUGAACAGAAACAUUACUCUUUCUGCAAUAUUCAAAGAUAUAAAAUAAAGUGGCUUCCAUGUAAAGU